AUGGCGGCGCCCAGUCAAAACGUGGAAGAAGACGUCAUAUUUUGUGACAUUGAAGCCACUGUAGCGACUGGAUUUGAGCAAACUGCAAGAGAAGAGGUUAUAGAAAAGCUAGGAUUUGAUGUCAGGUCAUCGCGAGGGAAAAUAACCAUCAGAACGCCUAUUUCUCAAGUACCAAGAAUAUUAAAGUUAGGAACUAUUGAUAAUUGUAGAGUUGUUAUAAAACAUAUCAGAGGAUUUGAGUUUCCUAAAGAUCAGGCUGAAAGUCUACAGAGGGUAAGAGAACUAGUAAAAGACAUAGAUUGGCAGCAUGGUAUAGAAGUAUGGAAUAAGAUAGAUGAAAUACCAGAAAGUGAACGAGUUGUGGUAACAGAAAACAUGAGUAAGCCCCUCAAAGCAGAAUCAGAUCUUUCCAGCCCAGAAAAAACUCAUGAACCAGAAUCAAAGUCUGAAGAUUCUGCCAAAAUUUCAGAGAAGCUUCAAGCGAAAUAUGAACAUGAUUCGACUAAACCUAAAUUCCGUGUGACAUGCCAUCGAGUUGGAGAAUGCCAUAAGUUUGAUUCGACUAAUAUGGGGGCUAAUUUUGGUGGAGCUAUAUACACCUAUUUUGGUUGGAAUGUCGAUCUAACCAAGUUUGAUAUUGAAGUGAUAUUGAAUAUAGAUUGGGAUGAUGUAACUGUGUGUAUUGGACUGACGAAAGAAAGUCUACAUAAACGUCUAUUGACUAAUUUUGGUAUGACAACUCUCAGACCUACCAUAGCCUAUAAUAUGUUAAGACUAUGUGAGAUUAAGUGUGGAGAUGUUGUAUGUGAUCCAAUGUGUGGUAGUGGUAGUAUACCAAUAUCGGCUAGUGUAUCAUGGCCAAGAGCUAUACAUAUGUGUGGUGAGAUAUAUGGUAAAGCUAUUGAGAAAACUCAAGACAACCUGGUUACAUUGAAUGAGAAGAAAAAAUCUAAUAAUAGACGAUUAGUAGACCUAGAUAUCUACCAGUGGGAUGCAACACGGCUGCCAUUACGUGAUGGUUGUGUGGAUGUCUUUAUUACUGAUCUACCAUUUGGAAGAAAGUUUGGUAACAAGAUGAAUAAUCAGAAGUUAUAUCCCCUGGUAUUAGAAGAACUUGCUAGAGUCACUCGUAAGAAAACUGGACGUGCUUGUUUUAUAACUGAAGACAAACGCUGUAUGACAAAGGUAAUAUUGCUGAUCCAGGAAUCCAUUUUAUGGCAAAGAAGAAAAGUUCUGGCUAUCAAUAUGGGUGGAAUAGAUACCGCUGUGUACGUACUGCAUCGAACUGAC